AUGGGGAAGAGCAGCUGGUCUUUGCUUAGCAGCCUGAGAAUGGCCGUUAAGAAGCUGAAAAUGUUGCUGGACCUGAACUUAAGUCGGUGGCGUAUUGCUUCGAUGAUCGGUGCUUCUUCAAGCCACCGUUUAUUCAGCUUGAACGACUGGCCAGGCUUGAGGGCAUGCACGGAAGAAGAUAUGGAGUCGUCGUGGGACGAGUCGAGUUCAGUUUCGAGAUCAAGAUCGCUUCACAGAACGAUAAGUUAUACUUCCGAUCAGGAUGAUAUCGACAAGAGAGCUGAAAUGUUUAUUGCUAAUUUUCAUAAACAACUUCAGAUGGAGAGACAGAUCUCUUUGAAGCUUCGUUAUUGUAGAGGAAACAGCUCUGGAUCUUCUGUUUCUCCUUGA